AUGCCGAGUUACGCCGAUUGCACGGCGGUGUCGCCGCAGUGUCCGGUGGAGGCCACCACUUACGGUUACUAUCCGAACUUUGCGGGCAAUGUUUUCUUCACGGUCUUCUUUGGAGUGCUGGGGGUUUUCCAAGUCGGGCUGGGCGUCUACUUCCGCACCUGGACCUUCAUGACUGCCCUGGGGGUGGGAGCACUGAUGGAGAUGGCGGGAUACGUGGGUCGAAUCUUGAUGAACGCCAACCCCUGGAAUGAAAGUGCAUUCAAGCUGCAGAUUGUGUGUCUGGUGCUGGCGCCAACCUUCGUUGCGGCCGGGGUGUAUCUGACUCUCAAGCACAUCGUGUUGAAUCUGGGGCCCGAGCACUCCCGGCUCAAGCCACGACUAUUUACCUGGAUCUUCAUCAGUUGCGACGUGGGUUCAUUGAUUCUGCAAGCUGCAGGAGGUGGUGUGGCCGCCGCCGCUGGUCAUGAUGACCAGAAGCUGCUGAAGGCCGGUGACGACAUCAUCAUUGCUGGCAUCGCCUUCCAAGUCGUGACCAUGGCCGUGUGCGGCAUCUUGGGCCUGAACUUUUUCUGGAACGUCUGGCGCAAGGGCAAUGGCUUCGUGGGCGAGAAGAAUCUGAACGAUCCCACUCCUGCGAUUUCGCCUCGCCGGAUGAAAAUGAUUGUCGUCGCGGAGAUCUUCGCUUAUUUCACCGUGUUGAUCCGGUGUAUCUACCGUAUUCCUGAAAUGGCGGGCGGUUGGGGGAGUGCGUUGAUGCAGAAGGAGAACGAGUUCCUUGUCUUGGACGGCAUGAUGAUCGCCUUGGGCGUGCUCGCCUUCACGCUCUGCCACCCCGGACUUUUCAUUCCCUCCAUGCGCACCGGACAUCAACAGUAG